AUGGCUCUAUCAUCGAUCGAUAUAGCACAGUGCAGGAAUAAAGGUGAACAUAAACAAUUAUGCAAGAAAUUAAGUGAUAUUGAAAAGCAAGAGCAUUUAAAAUCUCGACAAUUACUCAAGGAUCAUCAAGAUUUGAAGUUCCAAUUGAUGAGGAUGAAAUCAAGCAGCUCCAUCAGUAGAAGUGCAAGUGCAAAUAAUGUUCGCUUACCAAAAUUACCUCAUACAUCAAGUAAUGGCCAAAUUAAUUUAAGUAGUAAGGCAACACCAACAUCAUCCCCUCAACAUAGUCCUAUGCUUCGUAGGAAGAAUAUAAUUGGCCAAGUCAAUGAAGCUAGGAGGCCGGAUGCUCCAGCUCCUAAUCCAAUGAGUCCGUCAGUAAGAAGACGUGUAUUCUUAUCCGAACAAAACCGGGCCAGCUCAGAAAGUGAUUUAUUCAACAUGAAAAGGAAAAAAGAUCCAGGAUUGAUUAGUAUGAAAGAGUUAGCUAUGAAAUUGAAUAAAUCUUAUAGCAAAGAUAGUCGGUUAUUAGAUACGGAUAAAGCCUAUGAACAGUUAAUAACUGAUUUAGACAGAUUACGAAACGAUGAUCGAGAUGAAAAGUCAAAAGAUUUGAAUACGAGAGGAUCAGCCUCAACGCUUUACAGCACGGAUGACGAUGAUAAUUCUUCCUAUGGAGAAGGAUUGAAUGAGGUAUUAGAUCAACCGCGCAAGUUAGGUCCUCUGGCUAAAACUUACGUUAAUUCGCCUAUACUGCAAAGGAAACUGCACCUAGUAGCAGAUUGCAAAACCUCAUUAAAUUCAGAUGUUAGGUCAAGUUGA